ACGUGGGUCGUGUUGCGUCCCACAUCCGCACUCUGUAACUGUAGCCAGUUAGCAUCUGCGAUGACACCGAGUAUUUCAUGAGUAAAAACGCCUUUUGCGACCCGGACAGCAUCACGGACGUUCACACUAAAUGCCACAAGAUUAGCGUAGUUUCUUAAAUUUACUUUCUCUGUGUUGAGCGAUUAUUUUUUUGUAGAAAGUGUUCACAGAAGCGACGUUAGCGCGAGGAAGCUACGUAUCUAAAACUGUACUUACAACAAGUCAUGCAGGUGUAUAUUCGACACAGACCAGAGCGUGUCCUGGUAUGGACGCAAAUCUUGCUGCUCCUGUGUGGCACUGCAGUGUUUGCAAGUGAUGGCACAAAGAACUGCAGACUCUUUUCCAAGUCUGAGCCAGAACUAAAAGCCCUCAGCAUGUUGGAGCCGCUUGCUCAUAGGAAUUUUACAGCCAAAACAACGGUUGGAGGGCAGAAUUACACGUACGCCCUGAAGGUGUGUGGCGACGUCGGCGGCGUUCCAGGAGCCGGGGCCAUUCAGGUGGACAGUAAAGGAGAGAAGACUAUGGUUGGCUCGUACAACUCCACCCAGGCCAUCGGAGGAACUGACUGGGUGAUGUUGAUCUACAGAAAUGGAGACAAGUAUGAUAACCACUGCUCCAAAGAGUCCAGGAAGGCCAUCAUCAUGAUCUUCUGCAAGAGAAACAUCGACGUGGGUCCACUGAAGGUGGUUCUGGAGGACAGAGACCGAGAGCAGGACUGCUUUUACCUCUUCGAGCUGGACUCUAGUGCAGUGUGUUCUCCGUUAGAUUCACAUCUGAGCGCCGGAUCCAUCGUGCUCAUCAUCGGCGUCUGCCUGCUGGCCGUCUACCUGGUCGGAGGGUUUCUGUAUCAGAGGCUGGUCGUGGGCGCUAAAGGGAUGGAGCAGAUGCCAAAUUACUCAUUUUGGGUCGAGGUUGGCAAUCUGGCCGCGGACGGGUGUGACUUUGUUUGCCGAUCUGAGAAGCGGGCGGAUCCUCACGCCUACAGCGGCGUGGCUACCGAGCCCUCUGGGGAGGAGACGGAAGAAAGGGACGACCAUUUGUUACCCAUGUGACCUUGACACUUGAAUACUGCGACGAACUCUGCACUGUGUGACAGCUUUCUUUCUCACAUGUGAGUCUGCUUUCUUGGUUUCAGUCCAGGCCCGGUCGGGCUACUGCUCUCUGGUUUCACGGUGGGUUCCGCUCACCUACCCUUUUUUCUUCUCGGACUUAUGGAGUCAAAUAAAAAACCAACAAAAAAAUAAUCAUUUUGAAUGAGAAACAGCACCACAAUAUUUGAUGACCUAACAUGUGAUGACAUUGUGUUUCUUAUUAAAGUGUCACAUUAUGUAAUAAAAAAAGUUGAUUUAAA